GCAGCGCCCUGUGAGGGGGGCACGGCGCCUCCCCGAGCCCCGGCCGCCCCCCUCCGCGGCGGGGAUGCGCCACGGCCCCGCCGAGGGAGCCGCCGCCUAGACCGGCAGCCGCCAUGGUGCCCCUGCGGCCCCUCGUCGUGCUCCAGGGCGUCCUGCUGCAGCUCGUAUUUUGUGACGCUAAUCAAGUCGUGCAAGCCACAGAUGUGCUGGACUGGGAAGACAAGGAUGCUGCAGAGACAUUGGUCGACAACGUGGUCCACUCCAGGAUCAUCAAUCCCUUACGCCUGUUUGUUAAGCCAUCUCCAGUACUGAAACACGGCCAGGUGUCCUACUCAGACAGCACAGAAAACUUUUGGGAUUGGUUGUCCAACAUCACGGAGGUUCAGGAAUCUCUCGCACGAACUAAACGCAGACCUAUUGUAAAAACGGGGAAAUUCAAGAAGAUGUUUGGAUGGGGCGACUUCCACUCUAACAUCAAAACUGUUAAACUGAACCUCCUGAUCACAGGGAAAAUCGUUGAUCAUGGCAACGGCACCUUCAGUGUUUAUUUCCGACAUAACUCCACAGGUCUCGGGAACGUUUCUGUAAGCCUGGUGCCACCUUCCAAGGUGGUUGAGUUUGAGUCGUCUCCACAGUCAACGCUGGAGACCAAGGAAUCCAAGUCCUUCAAUUGCCGGAUCGAGUACGAAAAAACAGAUCGCGCUAAAAAAACUGCCUUGUGCAAUUUCGACCCCUCCAAGAUCUGCUAUCAAGAGCAGACUCAAAGCCAUGUCUCCUGGUUGUGUUCUAAACCCUUUAAAGUUAUCUGCAUUUACAUUGCUUUUUACAGCGUAGAUUACAAACUGGUGCAGAAGGUCUGUCCUGAUUACAACUACCAUAGCGAGACUCCGUACCUGUCCUCUGGCUGAGACAGCCGCCAGUAACUGCAGAGAUCCAGCAUCAGUCAUAAAAAUCAGCAUUCCCAUUAACCUUCUGGAGAAAUAUGUUUUCCUAUCAGGUUAAAAAGUCUUUUAAAACUGUAGCUGUGCUUGUGCUGUAUCGUAAAUAAUCAAACUGUUUAUGUAACAAUCAUUUUCAUUUGAGACCGUUGCACUUUAGCGCUCUCAUCGUUCACAAGGGAACCACCAGGCAGAAACAUGAUGAAAAAAAGAAAUCAAAGCAAAUUUUGUCUGUAAUGAGCAUCAAUCGUGAAAAUAAGUUUUUUUAAAGAAGACUCAAUGGCAGAGAGGUUAUCUUUUACUUGAAUUGGACAACACUUAGCAGGAAACAAUCCUGUUUCUUAUUGGGAACUUUAGGAGGUGACAGUAUAAAGAACAAGUGAUUCUCAGCUGCUUAUACGGAAACCCAAAUAAACAGCUCUCCCACUAAUUUCACAAAGAAUGUUCUACACACAGGGCUCAAAGAAUCAAGUCUAAAUAUUGAAAGAAAGUGUUAUUUCUAGGAAAAAGGAAAGGAAGCUGCAUUUCUAUGAGUUGUAGUAGUUGUACGUAUUUGUUGAAGUGAAGAGUGAGUAGUUCUUCCUUCAGACUUUUACCCAUGGAUAUGCAAUGAUGUAACUAAAAACUGACGAGUUUUAGUUUAUUAGACCCACCAGGUGUGCAGGUUUGGUGUACAUUUCUUCCUUCUGUGGUCAUCACUGGUUUUGAUCAUUCUCAAGUGUUUGCACACACCCACCAGUACUAGUUUCAUGGUGACAGAGAAUGUACAUACCCUGGAAAAAGAUAAUCUCUGUUUAAGUCUGAAAAUGGUAACAGGAGCUGGUUUCCCCUUAAAGGAAGCAAUUGUCUCGCUACCACUAUACUGUGGCAAAGAAAAUACAUCACAGCAUAAGGAUGAUGCCUGAGUAACACAAGCUUUCUGCUUAACGGCACCCAGUUGUCUUCCUUAGCAUUGCAUUGCAUAUUGAAGGUCAGUACAUAAGCAAUGAAAAACAAAGAGGACAACAAAAAUCUAUGCAUCUUCACCUCAUAAAGCAGAUUUCAAACAAUUGCUAUCGAUAUGAAAACAUUCAGCCAGACUCACACCUUGUACAGAAAGCAUCUCUUAGUUGUAAAAACCAAGGGUCUGGCUAGGAAUUUGCUUCAGAAGCAAAGCUGUCGCUCCCUCUGAAGUCAGUAGCAGCUAGCUCCAGCGGUACAGCGCCAAGCACAAAUCCCCCAUGCUUUCUUUCAGUAUUGAUUUUACUGCUGCUGCUGGUUUGCUAUCACAGACCACUGUGACAGCCUGAUAUUACAAGUCCCAUGCAAAAAGCUGGCUGAGGAAGUGCUUUUUCUAACCUAUAAUCAAACUAACACGCAGGGCCCAAGAAGCUACACGCAGCUUAAAUGAAGUACCGUUAAAAUACUUUGCUCAAGUGUUAUGCACCCAGACAAAUGACUGGCAGCUCAGAAGGACUCACUCAUGAGAUUAAUUCUGAUUUCCACGGUAAAGUCACACACACAAAUUUAUUCUGUCAAAAAUAUAAAGGUAAUGGUUAAUUUGUUUUUCUCUUUAGGUGACAAACUUAAAUGUGUGGUUUUGUUUCAUCACAAAUCUAAAUGUUUUCCUCCAUUUUAUAGAGUCUCUCCUGUUCUAAAUGAUGUUUUUAGUUUGUCAGUUAUCGUCGAUUCCUACAAGAUGUUCUACUUUGUAUUCUGUAUAGCGUGUCCUCGUUCUAGCUGUAUAUAAGCUUGGAUUUAUUGCUAUGGGUUCGGUGUUUGGUGCUUUUGUAACUUAGCUGUAAGCCAUGAUUUUAUUGCCAUGUAUUUUUACUCAGCACUGUAGGCAAUUAAAAGAAAACCCUACAUGCUAUUUAUUGUAGAGUACGUGGAAACCAUAUAUGUAUAUACACUUGAAUAUGUGUACAUAUACAGAAUAUAUGUGUACAUGUAUUUGUAUGUAAAUAAAGAGAGUUUGCUAAAUCUGUC